AUGAGAACUCGAGCACUUCCGCAUUCACUGUGUGGAAUUUGCGCAGCUCGGUUUCGCCUCCCUGCUUCUCAGCUCUCGGUUUUGAAUCCCGGCUCAUCAUGUCUCAGGCUGAUAAAACGAAGGGGCAGUUCACCAACCCAGAGACUCCCGGCUACGUGGGGUUCGCCAACCUGCCCAAUCAGGUUCACCGUAAAUCAGUGAAGAAGGGCUUCGAGUUCACACUCAUGGUGGUGGGUGAGUCUGGUUUGGGGAAAUCGACUCUGAUUAACAGUCUGUUCCUCACCGAUCUGUACCCAGAGAGGAUCAUCCCCGGGGCUGCAGAGAAGAUCGAGCGCACGGUGCAGAUCGAAGCCUCCACGGUGGAGAUCGAGGAGCGCGGAGUGAAGCUGCGUCUCACCGUCGUGGACACGCCCGGAUACGGAGACGCCAUCAACAGCCAGGACUGCUUCAACACCAUCAUUGCCUACAUCGAUGAUCAGUUCGAGCGUUACCUGCACGAUGAGAGCGGCCUGAACCGCAGACACAUCGUGGAUAAUCGCGUCCACUGCUGCUUCUACUUCAUCUCUCCGCUCGGACACGGUCUGAAGCCGCUGGACGUUCAGUUCAUGAAGGCCAUCCAUAACAAAGUGAACGUCGUCCCCGUCAUCGCCAAAGCUGACACGCUCACGCUGAAGGAGCGAGAGAGGCUCAAGCGCAGGAUUUUGGAUGAGAUCGACGAGCACGGCAUUAAGAUCUACCACCUGCCCGACGCCGAGUCAGACGAGGACGAGGAGUUUAAGGAGCAGACGAGGAUUCUGAAGACCAGUAUCCCAUUUGCAGUGGUGGGCUCUAACCAGCAGAUCGAGGCGAAAGGGAAGAAGGUGCGAGGGCGUCUGUACCCGUGGGGGGUGGUGGAGGUGGAGAACCCCGAACACAACGACUUCCUCAAAUUGCGCACCAUGCUCAUAACCCACAUGCAGGACCUACAGGAAGUGACUCAGGACUUGCACUAUGAGAACUUCCGCUCAGAGCGCCUGAAGCGAGGCGGCAGGAAGGGUCCAGAGCCAGAGGAAAUGGACAAGGACAUUAUCCUUCAGGAGAAGGAGGCUGAGUUGAGGAGGAUGCAGGAGAUGAUUGCGAAGAUGCAGGCGCAGAUGCAGAAGCAGGGUGAAGGAGACGCAGAUGGUCAACACGUCUAAACAACUCGAGGCGCAGAGCUGUGGAGUGAGACGACCAGAGACACCGCGAGAGAGAGAGAGAGAGAGAGAGAGAGAAGUGUAGAAGAGGAACAGGGAUGUCUGGUGUCUCGUUACGUCUUGCUGUAUUUUGCCACUUUCUUAGUUUUUUCUACACUUCCUUGGGAUAAACAUGUAGUUUUUUCUUUGUAAGCAGUAUUAUUAUUAUUAUUAUUAUUAUUGUUUUCGAUCUGUCCACAGAGACAUGUGCCGAUAAGAAGUGUCUUAUUUACUCAAUAAUUGCCUGAACUUCUCAUUACGGUUUGAUAUCACGCCAUUGUUUUAAAUUGUUUGUUGUUCCUGCUCUUGGAUCAAGGUUUUUUUGGGGGGGGGUUUUACAAAAAAACGCACAUUUCCUCUAAUGCCACGUUUACGCACUUGGUGUCCACAAUAACAAUAUUGGGUUGAAUAUCGUGAUCUCUAUCGUAUAACUGAUUAUCAGCACAUGACUACACAACAAGCUCUUUAUUUCGUUGCACCAAAAUACUGACGUGUGUUUUUAUGAUCAAAGCUGAAGGGUUUUGAAGGUGUGUUUUGGUAAAAGGAUGACGCUCGCUCUUCUUGAGGAAUGUGCUAGCAAAAACACGUUCACGUUAAAUUAAUUUAGCUAAUGGUGAAAUUGUUACUCGCAGGAACGUUAAUUACAGGUUUACUGUCGUAUGAUUUUGUUUUUAGAAAUGAAUUAACUGAUUAUCAGCACGUCUCUGAGCAAGUCUUGCGUUUUUGGCCAAAUCAUUCCUUCAGAAGCUCUUCACUAGCACAAAUUCCUCUGGCCGGUGUAAAAACGGCUAAAACUGUGAAGACGACGGCAGCAGAACUGUUGUCUCCGUGUUGCGUUAGGAAUCCUGCAGCUCACUCCACCAGUCAACUGAUGAUUUAAGUUCCUUCGUUAAGUAACGAUUCCAGUGAGAUUAGACUUUGCAAAUUAGUCACGUGAUAAAAAGACACAUCCACAUGAUUGGCUGGGGUAAAUUCUUCUGCUCAACAUUGCACUGCAACUCUAGUUUUAUUGUCCUGUCAGUGUUUGGGCGUGGCUUCACUUUAAAUAAAAAAAUAAUUAUAGUAAUACAUUAAAAACUCCAUGAACAGUUGUGUAGAAAUUAUAUAUUUAAUUCUGGUUGGUUUCUUAUAGGCCACGCCCACGAGCUUCACAACAUCCAGUGAUUGAUGCAGCGAGUUCCUCUCUACCACUUUAAGUUGAAUUUCCCUGAGCAGCUGAGCGAGCGAGCGGCGUAAACACGUGGGCGUCGGUGAUGGUUAUAAUGUCUGUGAAUGCUGUGACGUGAAAAUGACUGACGUAACCACUAGGCGUGUGCCAAAGCUAAAGGAAUGGGUCGUGUGCCCCGUUUUCCACCCAGUCGCAGUCUCGCAGUGAAGAUGGCUCCGUUUGGGUUUAAAGGAGUCGUGGGUUCGUUGUUCUUUUCCUGAACGAUCCCUUUAAAGUCUCCUGUCACGGUUAAUUGUAGUUCGUUAUAUUACCCCGAUAUAGUGUUAAUAAAAAGUAGACUGAAACGUGUCGAGCUGUUUGAAGCUCAGUGAUGUAACGACUGGUUAUUGGCACGUGCCUGGUGAUGUGAAGUUUUAAUCCUGUUCUCUUUAUGCAUGCUAAUCGAGUCCUGUGUGUGUGCGCGUACACACGGUUGUGUAUCAUUUGAAGGCGUGUCAUCUGGUGGGCCAGUUCUGAUCAGCUGUUACCAUUUUAUAAUUUUAUUCCAGAACUUUCUAAUAAACCUGUUCACUGUUAUCUUGCAAUAAAAAUUUUUAUAUGAAA